CCUCGACGUCCCCUAAAGAAGAAAACAAUAGAGACCUUCUUCACUUCUCACCAUCUUUACCAUCAUCGUUGUCAUCGCAAAUAAUCCUCAAUCAACGACAACAUCUGGAAUCAUCCUUUCUUGGGGUUCCGACGACAUGUAUAAAGACUAUAAUGGGAAGCCAACCUUCACACAGAUCCUCCUGGCGUCCUCGCUGGGGCUGGUUCUUGCAGCAGCGAUGCAUUUCCGUCUCAAGAAGUUGAGGGAUCAGAAGAUUGUCCCCCGCGUCAAAUUGUCCGACUCUGGACGUGUCGAGAAGCUCGAGAAGUUCUCUCAUUACGUUGCUCGGCAGUUGGGAUUCAAGGACAGGAGAGAAUGUCCACAUCUAUGCAAAUUAGCCUCCGAGUACAUGAGGAAAUCCGAAGGCUGUGAGGAUGACAUUUACACGUUCUUUGCGGACGAGCCGGACGCGGACUCGCUCUUCGUGAAGCUUGUGGAGGAGUUUGAGAGGUGCACUCUUAGUUACUUUGGUUUUCACUGGAGCCAUGCCGAACUCAUGAUCAGUCAGGUGCUGAGCGCUGAUGCUGAACCCAAGAGGAAGUUUAAGGACAUUAUCAUGGCAGCGACAAGGGAGCAGAGAUUCGAAAGGCUGACAAAGAACCUUAAGGUGGCCCGAGUUUUCACGACAUUGGUGGAGGAGAUGAAGGCGAUCAGAACUGCAGCAAAUGAUGACUCCCAGUGCACCGAUGUGAUGGUGCCAGUGGCCCACAGCGAUCGGAGUCCUGUCCUUCUCCUAAUGGGCGGUGGUAUGGGUGCCGGGAAGAGCACUGUCCUCAAGGACAUCCUUAAAGAGUCAUUUUGGGCAGGGGCUGCUGGGAAUGCAGUGAUCAUCGAAGCAGAUGCAUUUAAGGAGUCCGAUGUCAUCUACAGAGCCCUCAGCUCCAGAGGGCAUGCCGACAUGGUCAAAACGGCCGAACUGGUGCAUCAAUCAUCCACAGAUGCAGCAUCUUCCCUCCUAGUGACGGCAUUGAAUGAGGGCCGGGAUGUGAUAAUGGAUGGAACGCUCUCGUGGGUCCCUUUUGUUGUGCAAACCAUAACGAUGACAAGAAACGUGCACCGCCACCGUUACAGGAUGGGCGUUGGCUAUAAGGUCUCUGAUGAUGGCGCUGUGACCGAGAACUACUGGGAGCGGAUUGCAGAAGUUGAAGAGCAGGAAGAAGGGAAAAAGAGGAAGCCCUACCGGAUAGAGUUAGUUGGGGUCGUUUGCGAUGCUUAUUUGGCAGUAAUCCGUGGCAUAAGGAGGGCAAUAAUGUGUAGAAGAGCAGUGAGGGUAAAGUCUCAGCUGAAGUCCCACAAGAGAUUUGCAAAUGCUUUCCUGACUUACUGUCAAUUAGUGGAUAAUGCCAGGCUAUACUGUACCAAUGCUUUGGAAGGCCCUCCUAAGUUGAUAGGAUGGAAGGACAGAGACAAGACCUUGCUGGUCGACCCCGAAGAGAUAGAUUGUCUAAAGACAGUAGGCAGCUUGAAUGAAGAAGCAGACUCGAUAAACGAACUCUACAAGGACCCGAACCCUGUGCUUGAAGCCGGUUCGGUAUGGAAAGACAUUGUAUUAUCUCCUUCGAGGAUAAACAUACAGCAAGAGCUCAAGUACUCCAUUCAGAAAGUUGAACGAUCCAAGUGAAUUUUUCCAACCCCGACCGCAGUUUCGGGCGACAAUCACUUCGAAGCCGGAAAGUUGAUAACUGAUGAUGAGGACUUUGGCAAUUAAUUGGAGAACUACAAACAACCAAGUUUUGUUGAGGUCAUAGAAUUUUCUGAUUAUUAGCACAACUCCUGUUUUGUCCCUUGGAGUUCUCUUAAUUAAUUAGAAGAUGUAUUUAUUAUCAUUAAAAUGUAUUGCCUCUAAGAUUAAUUAGACAGGUAUUUUAAGAGAAAAAGGGCUUAACUACAAAGGAAAAGUAGACAUCUUAAGAUGUUUUGUUUUCGAGCCAAGUAUGUAUUUACUGAGAAAUGGGAUUUGGUGUAGUGACACAAAUCUUUCAUCUAGAAC